AUGGUGUCUGUCCACGCUCUUGCUGCCGGCUCUCUUACCCUUCCUGAGCGCUUCUUUGUCCAGCCUGUUAACGACCCGGACGCUCGGAAGUCUGUUCCAUCUUUGUCGUUUCUGAUUCAGCAUGAGUCGGAGACGCAAGCCGCGCGAAUUCUGUUCGAUCUCGGCAUUCGUCGUGACCUUCUGGCUUAUUCGCCACAAAUAUGCAAACAUCUAGCUACGCGACAGCCAGUCGUAUCGCGGCCAGAUGUCGUGGAAUCGCUCGCAUCUGGUGGGCUCCAUCCGAGUGACAUCGACAUAGUCAUGCUCAGCCAUGUACACUGGGAUCACAUCGGGACCCCCUCCGACUUUCUCCACUCGCUGUUCGUUGUUGGGAACGGGUCGCUCGACCUCUUGAGCGGUAGGACUAGGCUGCAAAAUGGAUCUCACAGCCAUUUCGAGAGGGAUCUGCUGCCUCUUGACCGAACAAUUCAGUUGAGAGAUACCUCCCACGGGAGGCCAGUAGAGACGUCCGAGGUGCUCCAACUCCAAGGCAAAGAGAUGCGUCUGGGUCCGUGGUACCCAUUUAGCUCUCUUCCACAUACCAUUGACUUCUUCGGAGAUGGUAGCCUUUACAUCGUGUCUGCACCUGGGCACCUUCCCGGCCACAUCAACCUUCUCUGCCGGACCGCCGUUGACCGUUACAUCUACCUAGCCGGUGAUGCAUAUCACGACACGAGACUGCUCUCGGGUGAAUGUAGGAUUGCUGAAUGGAGGGAUGCCGAACGCUCAGAACUUGUGUGUUGCAUUCACGCAGAUCGCCGGCAAGCCGAGGAGACCAUCAACCGCAUCAGAGCGUUGCAGCAUGAUGAGACCCUCCUUGGGCCCGUAGAAGUGGUUGCUGCACACGAUGCCGCCUGGGCGGAAGCUGCAGCAGCCAAGGGCAGAUACUGGCCAGGGAAACUCUGA